GACGAAACGUGCUGUGAUUGGUGGAUUUGGCGCGGUGAAAGCGGUCGGUGUUGUUUGGCGCCAUUUGCGGGAAAAGGAACAAGUUUAGUUUUGUAUUUUAACGUAAACCAUUUACUGUAAAAUACAAAACUAAAUUUAUUUUGCAGUUAUUUUUCCAGACGAGUGUUUUCACUUCAGUGAGCGUUUGUGUGCGGUUAUUUACACGCGUGUCAUGUGUAUUUCGGUAACUCUGUAGCAUGUAAGUCAUUGUUAUUGAGGGGUAGUUAGCUAGUCAGAGCUAGUCUGUUUAUUUGUUUGUUUUCAUUAUAUUUAUUAGUUAUUACACACUGGUUUGCUGAUAUGGGUUUGUGUUAGCUUCACCUACACUUUCGGAGACGUGGACAAUGCAUUAUCCUGGCUUUUAUAUUAAGGAAAAACCCUGAUCUAUAAUUUGGAAAUACUGCAGAAAUGGCUGGAGUUGUUGCUAUGGCAACAGUUAUUGAGGAUUUUGAGGCUACCCAGCCAUGCAAGAAGUUGAGAAAAGAUGAUGAACCACCAGCACCACCACCAGCAAAGACCAUCACGAACUACUUCUUGCCUUUACCCAAGCCUGUGGACAAACCUUUCUCCCCGCCUCGAUCAAACAGCAUCAUAGACUACUUUCGGAAAACAGCACCCGCUCAGGAAAAGACUACCUCUUCACAAAAGUGCAGUCCGCUUCAAUCCAAAGAGCUUCCGUCGUCUACCUGUGAGGAAGUCUGUCCUAAGACGAGUAAAGCACCGAGGCAAAAACGGACCAGGAAAGCCAAGGAAAAGCAAAACAAGUUACCGGAGGAGGAACAGGACGCGCUCACUGAUGAUUGUGUAGUAGAAAGCCUGGAUGAAUCAAUAAUAAAGGAAGGAGGCAGUGUGUCUUUGCUUGGCAGUGAUACUGCAGCUCUUCUGUCCCAAAUAAACAAUGAAGUCUGCUUAGAUGAAGAACCUUUAAAAAGCAAGAAUAACGCAGACACCAGUGCAGACGACAGAAAAGCAAAAGAUGAGUUGAGAAGUUGUAAAAGUAAGAAUGUAGCUACCCAAAACCAGACAGACGAUCAUUUCAGCAACGAUAAUCCAUCGUCUCAAGAAGACAAGUGUAGAAUUAAAAAGCCUGCGGUGAGGAGAAGCAGAAAAGCUAACGUCGCAGAGAAGCAGAGUGAAACGUGCAGCGCCGAGCACGAGCGCUCUCUGGACGACGUCAGUAUGGAGGUCAACGUGGAUGAAACGUCAGUGUUGAGCUGCAGCACCAUUACUGUGUCCUUUGAAGAAUUUUUACAGAGCCAGAUGCAAAAUGAGAACGAGGUUGCAGCUGAGUCUAAGUCAGACUCCUGUGCUGCUGAAAGCUCUGAAGCGAAGUCUUGCAUGGAUGCAAGUGAUCUGGUAGCUUCGGUGUCACCAAGAACCCUUACGGUCCAAGCUGAAGUGCAUCCCAUCUCCCCUGAUCAUGAGUCAGUCAAGGGUCCUCAGUUAAAAAUGGCUUCAAUUUUCACUAGGAAUAAAAAGGAGAGCCAAUUAAAAGAUGGCAAAAAGUCCUCCUCGGAUAACGCACAGAUGAACACAGACAUUCUUCCUGACCUUAAGAGAAAAUCUAACGUCGUACUUCAGGAAGAAGAUUUGGAGCUUGCCGUGGUUGAAUCCAGCUCCACUCCUAAAUGCACCCAAGAGGAAAGGAAACAGUUUAUGAAUGCGUUCAAGCAGCCUAGUCUGGAUGGAUCUAAAGGUAAACCCAGCAAGGGCCUGAGCAAAUCGAAGCCGGCGAAAGACAAUGCCUCUGAGACAGCAGAACCUGAAAAGAGAGCCGAGGAGAGCGAUCCUGACCCGACCACGCCAGAACAGAGCACAGAGCAAAAACAGGCUAAGGGCGUCGGGAAGAAAAGAGGGAGGAAGCCUGUGAAGAAAGGGCAGACGGACCAAUCUGAAGAAGUACCAGUUACUCCAAAGCAAGACGAACUUCCCACAUCGACGGAGGUGGAAGAGAAGAGUGGCGCUAUUGAUGACGGUAACAAGCAAAGUGUCAAGGAGCUUAGGAGGUCUACCAGAGAUCAGACACGCAGACAGGCAGCUUCUGCGCCUGAAAGACAUCCCUCUCCUCGCAAGACGAGAAGCCGCGAGAAGGCAGAAACGUCUGCGGUGUGCCAGGAUGACGUCGCUCAAACUUCCACGCCAAAGUCUCACAGGAACAAAAAGAAUGUUUACAGGGCUGAGAUGCUCUCGCCAUUCAACAAACGAGGAAGCCCCAUCAGAAUGAGAUUCACCAGGGUGUUUCCUUCUUCUGCCACCAAAACUGGAGAUUUUGAAAUAUUAAGUCCUCUUUCAGUGCAGGAAUCAAAUUCACUGAAGAAAAGGAAACAGGCUAAAAAGUUGGUGCAGAAAGCCAAAGCACUGCAGAACAGUAAACAGAGUGCUGCAGGGGAGAAGCCCGCUGUGCGACGCUCCACGAGGAGCAAACAAUCUCUCCAAAUAAAUUACUGCGAAGAUGAGGACUCUGUUGUGUUCUUGGAAGAUGGUCUAAGCAACCCCGUACCUGCGACUCAAGAAAGCGACAACAGUCAGAAAAAACUUCGCAGUCUAAAUGACGUUUUAGGCAAAAACGUACCUUCAAGUAAGGCGUCGAAGAAUGCUCCAGCUUCUAAACUUGCCCCCAUGUUUGUGGAAAGAAAAGCUCAGAGAUCUUCAGUAAUCAUCUCUAUACUUGAUGACAGCAGCCGUGAGGGUUCAGAGAACUCUCAAGAUGACGAGCAGUUCCGGGCAAAGAGAGAGUUUCUGAAAAGUGGCCUACCUGAGUCUUUUAAAAAGCAGAUUGCUAAGGUGGCAGCUAACAUAGAGGCGUACGCUCAGUCCUGUACUUCAUUCCAGUCUGUGGUUCACGUGCAGCAGAGACCCACGGAUUGCUCUAUGUGGACUCUUCCCUGGCCUGAAAAUACUUUCUUGAGUUGCCUGAAAGAGUGUUACCAUUUACCGUCCGUCCCACUUGUCUCAUUGGAGGACAGUUCAGGCCACUUCACUGUUCCUGCUCAGAGAACCACCAGAGAACAGGUCUCUGGGAGGCGAGAAAAUUUUACGGAGCCUGUUAGAGAGCGGUUGUUAGAAGAAAUUAGCGCAUCCAAUCCCUCUUUCCCUGUCCAGAGAUUUUUUACUCGAUUCCUACAGAGACACAAAGAAUAUUUACAGGCUGCUGUUGCAGAACCUGAGUGUGGGUCUAAAACAGCUCCACCCGUGGGCUUGACUGAGUCCAUUGGAGGAAAGCGUAAGCGUGUCGAUGAGGGAGAGAGAGCAGGAAAGCUAGCCAAGAAACAGAAGACUGUCCAUAAGGAGGAGGAGACCAUCAUUAUUUUGGACAGCCCAGAUUCUGCCAGCGGGGGAACACCGGAGGUCGCUGACUCCGUGACUCGCAGCUCAGGCCAGAGGAGGCGAUCACUGAGAAACAAGAAGGGAACAGAGGAUGAGCCCAAACCCACAGAGAACAAGAAGCAGUGUGAAUCUAUUAUUAUACUUGACUCUCCACCUUCAGAAACAUGUGCCAACGAUUGUGUUACUGAGGAUGUGCCCUGGACUGAGAAAUACCAGCCACAGCAUUCUAGUGACGUCAUUGGAAACACAGCUUCUGUUAGGAAGUUGCACAGUUGGUUGAAGGAAUGGAAACUCAGGACUGACCGUGAAGAGAGAAGAAAGCAGCAGGAGAAAAAGCAAGAGGACGAUAGUAAUGAAUCCUGGUUAGGAGGUGACAGUAGCGAGGGGCUGGAGGAUGCAGAGGACGUGCUUUGUAACACACUACUCAUCACAGGCCCCACUGGAGUUGGCAAAACUGCCGCCGUAUAUGCCUGCGCUCAGGAGCUCGGCUUUAAGGUGUUUGAGGUAAAUUGUUCGUCUCAGCGUAGUGGCCGUCAGAUCUUGUCUCAGUUGAAGGAGGCCACUCAGUCUCAUCAAGUGGACAUCCAAGGGGUCAAUGCCCAUAAGCCCACUUUCUUCAACAGUUACAGCAGCAGUAGUCUUUCAGCCAAACCUGCCUCUUCACCUAGGAAGGUGAACUCUCCUAGACGAGUUGUUUCAUCACCCAGGAAACCACCGCAGUCCCCACGAGGUGCUACAUCGAGGAAAGGAAGCUUGGCACCAAAAUCACUGGCCAGUUUCUUCAAAAUGGGUGGAAGGCCUACAGGCAAAGAUGACGUUAAUCAAGAUAAAAAGGCACAAACAAGUUGUCCCAAGACAUCUGGCAAAGCCACUCAAGCUGAGUGUAAGACCCAAGAGACUAAAGCCUCUUCUGAAGAGCAAAGCAAGAGAACCGCCACCUCUCUCAUCUUGUUUGAAGAAGUUGACGUCAUAUUUGAUGACGAUUCUGGAUUCCUGGCUGCAGUUAAAACCUUUAUGAUGACCACCAAAAGACCCGUCAUCCUAACAACCAGUGAUCCUGCAUUCAGUGCAGUGUUCGAUGGCAACUUGGAUGAAAUCCAUUUCAAGCCUCCUUCGUUGGCGGAUGUGGCAAGUUACCUGCAGCUGCUGUGUCUGGUGGAAAACGUGAGGACGGACACGGAGGACUUGUCAUGUUUGCUGCAUUGGAACAGAUGUGAUAUUCGGCAGAGCCUCCUGCACCUGCAGUUCUGGACCCGCAGUGGAGGAGGACGCCAGGUGCCACGUCCCAUCUUACAGCCAGGAUCGUCUGAAUGUGAGAUCAAGAACGAGGCUGCUAAAGUGGAAGGUGCUGCUGUUGGUGCUACGCUACCUCUAGCCAGUGUACCACCCUGUCAUGUUGGAUGCACAGAGUUGUUGUUGGGCUUUCUAAACACUCAGCAAGAAAAAGGAGUGGAGGAUUUGUUAAAGGGUGACCCUUCAGCUGUGGACAGGAUGAGAUGCUUGGAUCUUCUCUCAGAAGCUGAAAGGAGAGGUGUGAAUUUGCUUUACUCAAACCUGGAAGUGCUGCUGCCUCUGCCCAUUUGUCCGUUGCCAGACCUCAUUAACAGACAACGACUGUCAUCGAACGCAGAGCCACAGCCUGGGCUCUUGGCUAGAGACGGGAACGUAGUAGAGCAGGAAGAGCAUUCUGAUGACACAAGCCCUCUCAAAGUGUCCUCUAGAAUGAGGCGGAAAAAGCAGCUGUGCAUAGACAAUCAAAGUGCUCUUCAGUCAGACUCCGAAUCAGAGGAUGGCUUUCUGUCCCUGCCUAAGCCCAGUUCUGACCCAAAACCAGCAGCUCAGGAUCCACCAGCAUCCAAAGCUGUGAGGAUGAGAGUUGAGUUGUCUGAAGCUGAGAGGAAAAAGAGUUGGUGUGUGUCACAGUGUCUGAGCUCCGUUGCUGAGUAUUUGGACCACAUGUCAUUCCUGGACUCAUCUCUGCGCUACGAGCCUCCUCAUGCAGAGGCAGCGUGCAGACCGCAGGACUUCAACGGCGCAGGAGCGGAGGUCAAGUGUGGAAUGACUGAUGAUGCUCGUCUGGAGUGUGGAGGUCAUAUGAGUGGGUUUUACCCUGAAGAAAUCCAAGCUGUUUUAGGGAGCCUGAGCUUUUAUAAGUGUAAGGCUAGGAUCUCUGAAGCCUGGAAUAAAGUCCAGGAGUUGGAAGAGCCGAUGAGGACGGAGACUGUGGAAGAGCUCACCCUUCCUGUAGCCUCACACAGGCUGAGAUUCAGCCUCUUCCACAGCAAACUACUUGAAUCCAGGGUGAUGGAUAUGAGGAAGGAGGUGAUGAACACGGUUCUCUCCAGCCGAACAUUCAGCACGCAGGGGAACAGAGUGGCAGCGGCCGUGGACUACCUGCCCUCUCUGCGCACCAUAUGUAGAUCAGAAAGACUGAAGGAGCAGGGCAAAGUCAAACGCAGGUUCAUGCACUACCUUGAAGGCAUUCAUCUUGAUCUAUCUAAAAGCACUCUUCAGCACCUGGCCUCAGACUUUCCUUGAAUCGUUUGAUCGUGCCUGUUCGUGGCAGCUGGUUAAUAUGCAUUUGUACAGUAAUAUUAUAUAACCCUAAUAGCAAGUGAGGUUUUAUGUUGGGGGAUUUUCUAUUUGAUUUUCUUGUGUUUUUUUUUUUUUUAAUCUGACUCGGUGUGGAGAGUCUAAUGUUUUGUACUUUUAUCAUGUAGUAUGUUUUAUCCAGUAAUAAAUUUGUACUUACAACUUGUCAGAAAACAUGUUUAUACUGAAAAAUGUGUAUAACACUGAAAAUUGUUCUUAGAGACCUCUCAUGGCUACUCUGGUAGUUCAGCGCCUUUUUCACUAAUUUCAGGGUUUUAUAUCGGGCACUAAAAUUCAAAUAGCUUUUUCUCAAUUGUUUUCUAUACAAUUUAACAUCCCGUGAUUAGUAUUAAUAUUUACACAUACGACUUUAUUUAAUGUCUCAAUGAAAUGAAACAAUAAAUGUGCAUAUUUUUACAACCAA